UCUCUGUUUUUCUUCACACGUUUGCUGUUUUAAUCUCUGGUGGAGAAGGAAAACGAGAAGAGGAGAGAAGGGGAGGGAGUGAAGGGGGAAAGGAGAGAGGGGUAAAAGGGUAAAAAGGGCGGGGUAGAAAGGAGAUGGAUACGAACAGGAAAUGCUCUCACUGCGGCAACAACGGGCAUAAUACAAGAACAUGCAACGCGACGAAUACAAGACCAUGCAACUCGGUGAAAGGGUGGAAGCUGUUUGGGGUGAGGAUUUUGGGGGAAGAAGAGGAGGAGGUGAUAAGGAAGAGCUCGAGUAUGGGGAACUUGGCUUCAUGCGCGCCUGAGCAGAGCAGCGGCGAUCCCGGCGGGUAUUUGUCGGAUGGGCCCGUGCAUGAGUCGAGAAAGGGAGGGCAUGAGAGGAAGAGAGGAGUCCCAUGGACAGAAGAAGAGCACAAGACAUUUCUAGAAGGACUUAAAAGGCUAGGGAAGGGCGAUUGGAGAGGGAUCUCGAGGAAUUUUGUUAGAACUAGGACUCCAACCCAGGUAGCCAGCCAUGCUCAGAAGUAUUUCCUCAGGCAGACUGCUCCCAGUACAAAGAAGCGCAGGUCCAGCCUCUUUGACGUGGCGUUUAACAACAAUGUAAUUCCCGCUCCACCCUCUGGAACAGCUCCUUCUCAACAACCAACAGGAACUCAUGAAGUUGCAGAAGAGAUCAAUCUCCUCCAUCUUGACAACCAUUUGGCAAGGACUUCAGUUGGCGCUGCAGCCCAACUGGCUGACCGGAGCUUUGAGGCUUCCCCAAACUUAACCCUUAUCGCAGCAUGUGGUGAACUUCCCAAUUUCAAUGGCUUUAACUAUAUGGCGGGAAUCUCUCAUGGCAUCAAGUGCCAGGCCGGAGUUGGAAGUGCUCAAGUUACUCCAACCUUAUCCCUCACCCCAGCUCCUGAUUUUUCUGCCCAGGCAGACCCAAUCCCUCGUCAACUCGAAGAUGACUCCACCACUAGCACACCUGAUUUUCUCCAAUUAUCUCUCAAUACAUCAUCCCAAUCUAUACCCAGUUGCCCAUCUCCAACUGCUGACUCUCUGUUAAUUGAAACCAAUGAUUUAGAGCUCACGAUCGGCCCACCUCAGCCUCUCGGCACAGCGGAAUUGUCUUCUGGUGCCUCCAACUUCACGGGGGCCAUUAAAGUGACCUGAUCUGUUUAAAUGCCCAGGUGUUUUCUAGCUCAGAACAUGCUCACAUGAAUAAAGAAGACGACAAGAGUAUAUAUGAUGUUUUGAAGGGAAAGAGAGGGAGUGUUAAAAAAAAAAAAAAAAAAACCAAGUGGUGGGUUUUUCCACUCUCUAUGAAACCAAUAAAAGACCCAGCAAAAGGGUCCCCAUUCAUUGUAUGUCUUGUUCGAGAGGAGUUAUUUGAUACUCUGGUUGAGCAGGACUGUUCAUAUGCAUCACAUACAGUUGCUGUGCACGAGGCACAACAAUCCAAACUGUGCAAUUUGUGGGACCCAAUUGCGGAUGGGAUUAGAUCAAGCAGGUGAUCUAGCCACCAAAUGGAUGAUUAAAGAGAAGAAACAUCCACUGUUCACAUCUGCCUAACAAACUGCUAUUGUUGAUUACAGGUUAGUAUUAGGAUCACCUGAUCAAUCUAACUUCCUGACGCAUGGUCCGUGGAUUGGACGGUGCGGAUUGGGUGAUGUGUCUGCCUUGCGUACGGUGUUGUGCGUGAGCAUAUGAAUUGUGUACUCUGUCAGAGCAUCCAUGUUUUGUAACUUUGUCCAAUCCAGAUUAUAUGGUUAUCAAACUAUCUCAUGUGUCGGUUGGUAUGUUGGUUGGUCUGAGGGGUGUCUUCUCUCUUUCAGCAGUGGGAUAUUGUAAUGAGAGAUGUGGGGACUAUAAUUGCAUAUGUAUAUUUGGUCGCAUUUUCCCUGUACUUUUUGGUGGGCCACACUCUAAUUUUGGCCGGACAUAAAUAUAGCUGGCAAUUUCUAUGGCUA